AUGGACUCAGAAGAGGAAUCGGUCAGUGAAUGCGAAUACCAAGAGAUAUGGAGCGCAGAACGGAUCGCCAAGGCACCUGGAUGUCAACUUCGUGCUGUUCUCAAAGCACUAUGCAAGGUUGAUGUGAAGCUCCGGGAACGCAUAACGCAAGCUUUGGAGGCGGUUCAGUCCUACGAUGGGGAGGGGGAGGAGAGCGAGGAAGGCGAACUAGAAUGCGACUGGGAAGCGGGGGAGUGGGAGGACUGGGACUCAGAUGCGGGGGAUCCUCGUGGUGAUGAGAGGAAUAAGGAUCUGUACCUUGCUGGCUUCAAGUACAUCUAUUGCGACAAAGAAGGCGGCCGGUCAGGCUGUACACUUGGGCAUCAUCAAGCCAGGGACCCAACACAGCCUAUAUAUCGCAAGAUAUCAGACAUGGAGCCUGCCGUUCUCAGAAAGAUGAAGCGGAAGAGGGAGCACUCAGAUUAUCAGGCACCUGAAUCCAACCGUUUUGUGAGAUAUAGGAGGUAGCUUUACCAUCCAGUCUUCACAUCGUGUUCUGUGGCAAACAAACUUGGCCGGCUUCUGGAUUGGUACUGUCUGUAUCCAGGACAUCAGAAGAAUAUAUAUCGGGUCUGCCAAAACUUGAUGAAGACUCUCAUGUCUGGUAUGACUGGGUUGAGCUAGCUCACGAGCCUAGGGAUAGGAAAGACACCCGACGAGAAAACGUGAUUGUAAAAUUAGGAGGCAUUAGGGCAAGAACUCCAAGAGAGGAAGGUUUAAGUCGGAUUCUAAGCCGGAGCAUGAGGAAGCGGAAUAAGAGGGAGAAGACGAUUCCAAAAGGCUGUGAUGAAGGCCGGGAGUAAUCAAGAAGAGUGUCUAUGCAUUGUGUUUGGAGUGUGUAAAUAGCGACCAGGUACAUUUCUGAGUUUUAGUGUUUUGGCA